AUCUCACAUUCUUCGUCAGCGCAUCGCCUUUAUUUGUGGUCCCCUCCCAAGCUUCUUUAAUCGACUCCUAAAAUUUUCCCACGUGCGCAAAAGGGGACUCGUGUAGUAGCAAACCGUCUAAACAAUCCUACCUAGCAAGACAUAGCAGACAUAUAGUAUUCCUAUCGAUGCGCUCCCUCGUCCGGCAGCGAGCGAUAGGGAAGUUGACGCGAGAUCUGUGCUCACCGACGACCUUCUCCAACGUUCGAUAACGAGAGAUUGAUCAACCUUUCGGAACCCCACCGCUUCUACUCUAACCGUUGUAUCCAACCACCCAUAUCACCCACAGCUUGCAUUUCGAAACCUCAAUGGACGUCGCGAUGAAUCCUGGUAGCGGUGAGGCGGCAGGUCAACAGCAGCAACAACUACAGCAGCCGCCGCAUUCUGCGAAUUCACCUGCACUCUCUACACCACCUUCCAAUAGCCACAAUACGCCACCGGGGCCGACGACGUCAACGCAAAAUGCGCAAGGUCAAAUGAGUUUUCGGAGACAGCGGGCUUCGAGAGCAUGCGAGACAUGCCACGCUCGAAAGGUGCGAUGCGAUGCUGCGAGUCUAGGCGUUCCAUGCACGAAUUGCGUCGCCUUUCAGAUCGAAUGCAAGAUCCCACAAGCCAAGAGGAAGAAAACUCAGGCGAAUACAACAAAAGAUUCAGACAGCGAACGUGGAGAUGCCGUCGAGGAGCCUUCUCCGAAGCCGCCCAGCGCCGGUUCGUCCACGACGUUCCCAGCACGACCUGCUGUGUACCACUCCUCGGAGGGUGUACCAACCACGACCCUCACGGAAGCUCAAGCUAGGAAAGAGGAGGCCGACAAUGAUACAUUCGUUAAUUUGGUUAUGAAACCGAAAUUCACAAGAGCUCCCAUCACUGAAGCGGGCAGGGUAGCGUUUCUAGGGGAAUCAUCGAAUCUAACUCUACUAGUCCACGAUCGCCAAGGAGCCUCUGAUGUCGUGCAUUAUCCACUGCCUGAGAAUAUACGUGGAUCGAGAGCCCGCUUGACGGAGUUAGACAACAUCGAGAUCGAUAUACUCCAUAAACGCGGAGCUUUCCUACUACCACCGAGAUCUCUUUGCGACGAGCUUAUUGAAUCUUACUUCAAAUGGGUACAUCCUAUUGUGCCUGUUAUAAAUAAGACUCGUUUUAUGCGACAGUACCGAGACCCCAAGAACCCACCAUCAUUGCUUCUUUUGCAAGCUGUUUUACUUGCUGGAUCGCGAGUAUGUAACAACCCACAGCUCAUGGAUGCGAACGGUUCGACCACUCCAGCCGCAUUGACGUUUUACAAACGAGCAAAGGCCCUGUACGAUGCUAAUUACGAGGAUGAUCGUGUGACCAUCGUCCAAGCGCUGCUUCUUAUGGGCUGGUAUUGGGAGGGUCCCGAAGACGUUACGAAGAAUGUUUUCUACUGGAGCAGAGUCGCCACCAUUGUCGCGCAAGGAUCCGGAAUGCAUAGGAGCGUGGAAGCGUCACAACUCAGCAAAGCCGAUAAGAGACUAUGGAAGCGCAUCUGGUGGACGUUAUUUACUCGUGAUCGAUCUGUUGCGGUUGCAUUGGGACGGCCCUGCAAUAUUAACUUAGAUGAUUCAGACGUCGAAAUGUUGACCGAGGACGAUUUUAUCGAAGACGAACCAGAUAAUGCGAGUGGAUUUAGCCCCGAUCCUAUUCAUGUUCAAUUCUUUCUGCAAUACGUCAAACUCUGCGAAAUCAUGGGCCUAGUUCUGUCUCAGCAGUAUUCUGUGGCAUCUAAGGGUCGACGCCAAAAUGCCAUUGACCUGACUCAUAGUGAUAUGGCAUUGGCAGAUUGGCUUCAAAAUUGUCCAAAAUUAGUAUACUGGGAAAUGCCGCGACAUCAUUUUUGGAGCGCUUUGCUACAUUCUAACUAUUAUACCACACUAUGUCUCCUACAUCGAGCGCAUAUGCCGCCUAACAGCAGCAAUGCAGCUAGAUUUCCGGACGAUUCUUCAUAUCCUUCGCGCAACAUUGCUUUUCAGGCUGCUGGUAUGAUCACAUCCAUUAUCGAGAACUUAUCAGCACAUGACGAACUUCGCUAUUGUCCGGCUUUCGUCGUGUACAGCUUAUUCUCCGCUCUCAUUAUGCAUGUCUAUCAAAUGCGGUCACCCGUCCCCUCCAUUCAACAAGUUACACAAGUUCGAAUCCGGACAUGCAUGGAAGCACUGAAGGAAGUGUCCAAGGUAUGGCUAGUAGGCAAGAUGGUGGCCACAUUGUUCGAGUCGAUCUUAGGCAACAAAGUUUUAGAAGAAAGAUUACAGAAAGCUGCUGGAAAACGCCACAAGAAAGUCCAGCAAAGCCUAGCUCAGCUAGAGCAACACCAACAGAGACAGCAAGAAGCUGCCAAUAAAAGGAAAUAUGAUGAGAUGGCUAUUGACUUUAGUAUAAAUACGCCGGUACACCAAGAAUCAUACGAACGAUCGCGACCGCAGACUCCUCGGAAUGAACCGGUUCAAAACCAGCCUCAUAUGGGACCGCCCAUCAACUCACCGAAUGCUAGAUCCGGAGACACAUUCAUGGGAGGAACUAACAGUAGGCCACAUACACGACCGGCGACACCAUUCAACCCCUCAUUCUCGGUCCCGACUACGCCUCCAGAUCUAUACCUCGUCACCCGUAAUUCACCGAACCUUUCUCAAUCCCUUUGGGAGAAUUUCCAACCGGACCAGUUGUUCCCUGAGAGCUCACAACUUCCAUUGCCGCAGUUGUCACCGCAGCAAAAUCAACAGAGCUUGGACCCAAGUCUCGUUUCUCCGAUGCAGGCUGGUAUGUCUCCGCAACAAUCGCCUGGGCAAACCAGCCAGUUCCUACCCCGGAUAUCGAACAAAGCGACAGGGAUAAAUCCCCAGCAGGCUAACACAUUUUUACAACCAGGAGCUGGAGGGUUUCAAUCCCAGACGAAUAACAAUAAUCUAUGGCCAGGCGGCGACGUAAACUCGGGGAUACCGGACGGCCAAAGUCCUAGUGACAGCUGGAGUACCGCAUCCGCGCAAGGGCAGCCCGUGCCGGCUACGUUGAAUGUUGAAGACUGGUUCCAAUUCUUUGGCAUCAAUGGGAAUGAUAUUAACCUGACUGGGCUCGAUAUGCCUGUAGGUUAAGUCAGUCUCUGUAUGAUAUGACUAUGAUUAUCAGUACACCUUCGUGGAUUAAUUUUGGCAGGGCAUGAUUUAUGCGAAAGCAU